AUGGGGGUCUUAGAGGAGAAGCUGUCCUCCUUCUACAAGAGCCGAUGGCUGGUGUUCGUGGCCGCAAUGUGGUUGCAAUCAUGGGCGGGUAUCGGCUACCUUUUCGGGAGCAUAUCGCCGGUGAUCAAGAGCUCCCUCGGCUACAACCAGAAGCAGCUCGCCAUGUUAGGUGUGGCCAAGGACCUCGGCGACGCCGUUGGCUUCGUGACGGGGUUACUCUGUGAGUUGUUACCCAUCUGGGGUGCUCUCCUUGUUGGUGCUGCUUUGAAUCUCAUCGGCUAUGGCUGGGUCUGGUUGGUUGUAACAGCUCAAGUUCCAGUUUUGCCUUUGUGGGCUAUGUGUGUUCUUAUUUUUGUGGGAACAAAUGGUGAAACCUACUUUAACACGGUUUCUCUGGUGUCUUGUGUACAAAAUUUCCCCAAAAGCCGUGGUCCUGUGGUGGGAAUUCUAAAGGGCUUUGCUGGGUUGAGUGGUGCGAUCUUGACACAGAUAUAUGCAUUGUUCAAUGCUCCUGAUCGAGCAUCAUUAAUAUUUAUGGUUGCCGUUGGUCCAGCAUUGGUAGGAGUAGGUCUUAUGUUCCUUGUUAGGCCUGUUGGUGGUCACAAACAAGUCCGGCCCUCAGAUGGAAAAUGCUUCACAUUUGUGUAUGGUGUGUGCCUCCUAUUGGCUGCUUAUUUGAUGGGAGUCAUGAUUGUCCAAGAUCUAUUUAAAGUGAGUGAAACUGUAGUAACAAUAUUCACUGUUAUUCUCUUGCUGAUCCUUGCUAUCCCAAUUGUUAUUCCCAUUACAUUGAGUUUUGGCCCUGAGCAAAGGAAUCCAGAAGAAGAGGCCCUUCUUCCAGAACCAAGGAAUAAAGAUCCAGGGAAAUCUCAGUUGGAUUCUGAUGAAGUAAUAUUGAGUGAGUUGGAAGAUGAGAAGCCUAAGGAAGUGGACAUGCUCCCUGCAUCAGAGAGGCAGAAACGUAUAGCGCAUUUACAGCAAAGACUGCUCCAAGCAGCUGCAGAAGGAGCAGUGAGGGUUAAGAGGAGGAGGGGACCGCACAGAGGAGAAGAUUUCACCUUGACACAAGCACUGAUCAAAGCAGACUUUUGGCUUCUUUUCAUUUCCAUGAUCAUGGGUUCUGGAUCCGGGUUGACUGUAAUUGACAAUCUGGGUCAAAUGAGCCAAUCUCUAGGAUAUGACAAUGCACAUAUAUUUGUCUCCAUGGUCAGUAUUUGGAACUUCCUUGGCCGUGUUGGAGGAGGUUACAUAUCUGAGCUUGUUGUGAGGGAUCAUGCGUAUCCAAGACCAAGUGCAUUGGCUGUGUUUCAACUUAUUAUGACUCUUGGGCAUCUUUUCAUUGGUAUGGGAUGGCCAGGGGCAAUGUAUGUUGGCACUUUACUAGUUGGACUUGGUUAUGGGGCUCAUUGGGCAAUUGUUCCAGCCACUGCCUCUGAGUUGUUUGGUCUGAGAAACUUUGGUGCAUUGUACAAUUUCAUUACUUUGGCAAACCCAGCAGGAACACUGGUUUUCUCUAGUCUUAUUGCCAGCACCAUAUAUGAUUCUGAAGCAGAGAAACAACAUCCCCAAAGUAUGGGAUCUUUUCUGGGAUUGCAGGUUGCUACUGAGUCUCUGAAGUGUGAAGGUAGCAUAUGCUUCUUCCUAACUUCCAUGAUCAUGGCAGGAUUAUGUGUUCUUGGAGCAGCCCUAUGCAUGGUUCUAGUGUUAAGAACAAGGAUUGUUUAUGCCAACCUAUAUGGAAAAACUUCUUCUAGUAGGCUUCGAUUGUGA